UGCUGGGGCCGCCCGGUUGCUGUGCUGGCAAAGCAGACUUUCCUGUUUCGGCCCUGCUGCACCCUUGGUUCUGUGCCUCGCAGGGUCCCGUCUCACCCUGCAGCAUGCCCCUGCCACAUGUGGCGGCUGGGCCAGGAGCCCGCGCAGCGGCAAAGGGAGACUGAGGCUGGGAAGGACACACAUCGCCAGGUGAUUCCUCUUCUCAAAAAUAAGGUCACCCCAGCGUAGCCAUGGUGGUGGCAGCCAGGAAAGGCCAGGCGAUGGCCUCCCUGCUCCCCAGCAGCCCCACGGCAAAUCCCAGAUCUGCCAUCGCCACCACGGCUCAGCCAGGUUUCCUGGGCGGCUGGCUUAGCCAGAUCCCAUUACCCAAAUGGGCGCUCAUCGCUAUGGCUGUGGCAGUGGCCAUUCUCCUCCUCCUCUUCCUCAUCCGCAUCAUCAGGUGCUGCUGUGGCAAGAAGAAGUCCAAGAAGAAGGAGAGAGUCAGCUUGUGCGCUGUCAGUGGCUCCACCAUGGCCAGCCUCGUCCAGCCUGAGAUGGAGGACCUGGAGCAGGGCAUGGAGCAGAUGGGACGAGGAAAGCUGCAGUACUCCCUGGAGUAUAACUUCCGCGCGCAGGAGCUGAAAGUUGGUGUGAAGCAGGCAGCCGAGUUAAAGGCCAUGGACAGUGGAGGCACAUCUGAUCCAUAUGUGAUCGUCUACCUAACAUCUGAUAUGAAGAAAAAGUACGAGACCAAAGUUUAUCGCAAGACCCUGAACCCCAUCUUCAACGAGAGCUUCACUUUCCAGGUACCCCAGGUAGAGGUGCCUGAAUCCACGCUGGUGAUGCAGAUCUAUGACUUCAACCGCUUCAUCAAGCAUGACAUCAUCGGUGAGGUCCGCCUACCCCUGGCCAAUGUCAGCCUGCAGCAUGUCAUUGAGCAGUGGAGCGACCUGGCGGUGGCCAGUAAAGUGGAGGAAGAACAGCUGGGGGAGAUCUGCUUCUCGCUGCGCUACGUCCCCAGCACCGGCAAGCUAACAGUGCUCAUCCUGGAAGCCAAGAAACUGAAGCGAAUGGACUCCCAUGGACUCUCAGAUCCUUUUGUUAAGGUACAUCUCAUCCUGAACAGGAAGAAAUGGAAGAAGAAGACAACAAGCGUGAAGAAAAAUACCUUAAGCCCUUACUUCAAUGAGAUGUUUGUUUUUGACGUGCCUUUCAAUCAGAUCCAGAAUGUGGACGUGGUCAUCUCCGUCUGGGAUCACGACAAAGUGACCAAGAAUGAGCCCAUUGGCAAACUCUUCCUGGGCUGCCGGGCCACGGGCAACCAGCUGCGGCACUGGUCUGACAUGCUGUCCAACCCGCGCCGGCCCCUCGCCCAGUGGCACAGCCUGCAGCCCCCAGACGUGGUCGACAAAGCCCUGGGGCUGAAGUCCCACCUCAAGCUGUCCCUCCCCCCCAGAUAGUUGGGGGGCUCCUCCACCACCUGGAGGGGAGGAUGGAGGGCUUGCGGAGGGGCGAGGGGCUUCUGCUCAGCAGCAUCUGGAUGUGUCGGUCCAGCUCAGUGUCAGCAGAUAGGGGACUGGGUGCUCUUUUUGGCCAAGAGAUGAUCUGGCUGCUGGUGCAGCUCAUGCCCUGUGUAAUGCCUGGAGCGGGCACUUGGCACCCUGAACAAGGCUGGAUGCGGAGCAGAGGGGAGGGGACGGCAUGGACACAGGAGCCAGCUCAUCCAGCCACUCAAGGGCUGGGCGGACAAAUACACACAAAGCUUCAAGCUCAUGCAAAAACACCGAGUCUAAUGAUAUUUUUAAAGCAGAGGAUGUGCUGGCAGCAUGGGGUGGGCAGUUUCUUUGGCUGUGAAUAACUCGGCAGGAGGUGAGUUCGUGGGAAGGCCUUAUGUGUUCUGGGAAGGCUUUUAAACAAGACCAAGAUCUUGAAGCACCCUACGAGGCUUCAGGGGAGACAAAGAGGAUGAGCUGGUGAGGAAGGUGUUGGACAUUCAAGACUAGCUCUUCAGUGCCUGUGCAAUAAGCAUGCUCUGCAUCCUGGCUAGAGGCUAAAUGAGACAGCAAAAUCAGCCACUGGUUAUCCACAAGGCUCUGCUCUUAGCCUGUUCCCAGCCUGUGCUGACUUGUGCAUCCCAAGAUGUGCCUCAGAGGAUGGGACUUGCCAGUGACCAUCCCCACAGACCACGCAGAUGAGGCAGCACAGUGCUGGCUCUGUCCACCCCAAGUGGUUCUGCUGUGCUGGUGCAGGAAGGUUUGCAGCCCUGGUACCUGGAGGUGCUGCCAGGAUGGAAGGGCUGAGGGUCUUGCUUUCAUGCCAUGAUCAGAUCCCUGAUGAAGGCUGGGUUGCAGCCCUCACAUCACUUCUGGGCAGGUUUCAUGUAAUCUGGGAGGUUUUUAUGGCCACAUGUCCUGCCCUGCCCAGCUUUGUGCGGCCUUGGCGUAAGGGCUGCAUAGGUAACCAUCCCUCCUAGGGAGGGAUCCUAGAAGGAUGAGGAGAGGUGCCACUGUCCCUACCCAUCCUUGAGUAUGCUGCAGUUCGAGGUGGCUUGGGAGCAGCUCCUCUGAGCCAUCUGUGGGAGGAAGCUUGCUGCAUUUUCUUGGAGGAGGUGAUCGCCCUUGCUCUGAAAUACUUCUGCUACAAAGCAGCCAUAGCACGUGGAAGAUUUGGGCUCAUAUCAUUGUAUUUAGUCCCAAAGGAUGAAAAGAAAGUAUAAUAAUAAUAGCUGUUGCCCAGGCUCUGGAGGGGAGAGAGCCUGGUGCAUUAAUGAAGAGCCAUUAAUAUUGAAAAGCAGUUAAUCUGCAAUUACCCAGAGCUCCACAGAGUGACCGUCUGAGAGUUAAACAAACGUGGUGAAGCUGAGGAAGAUUAUGAAAACUCGUGAUAGAGAUUAAUGAUCUGGGCUUAACUAUAUAAAGCUGCUGCAUCUGCUUCUUGAUAAAUAUUCUCCAGGCUUUGCUGUGUCUGUGAUGAGGGAAGAAAUAACAGGGUGGUUUUAAGAUGGCUGUAACAAGU